AUGGCCGCCGAGCGAAUUUUCCCGGGAGAGAACAGCCUGACGCUACCCAUGCAUUCUCGGUCUCACUCAGCCGCUUCCCCGACAUGGUCUGGAGCCGAUCCAAAUCUGCACACGGGCGCCGCCGACACAUCGAAAGUGACGGUUGCGCACCCGCCAUCCUCGACGUCUCCACCAUUAUCGCACCCCGCGACGCCUGGAUCGGCGUCCUCUGCGACAGUGCCACAGCUCGCGCAGGCCACCUCCCAAGGCACAACGACUACAGAGCGCAAUGUCCCCUCCAAGGUCCGCAAGCCCCGCAAGGCAGCCAAUGCCUCAGCCGGCAAAUCCACACUCUUCUGGGUCAACACGGACGCCGAUUCCGCGGCGACGGGGACGAAGGAAGAGACGUUGAAGCGCAUACGGUCGCACGUGAUGUCAGAGCAUAAUCGAAAGAAGCGCCUAGAGAGCACCAAAAAAUAUAAAGGCAAGACAUGGAAGCAUUUGGCCUUUCAGCCCCCGGAGACGAUCUCGGAGGGAGCUAGUUCCAACCGAAGCACAAACGGGACGCCCUCCUCGUCGACCAGCGUUCACGGCGGGUCUCAAGCGAGUGAUACGUCGCCCGUGACACAAGACCCCAGCCCGAGCGCGCCGAGUCAAGAACAUCGCCUCUCCCUAGCGAUUGCGACAGAGGACCAAAAUGGACCGACCGGAAGCGGAGCCUCGUGGGAAGAGAGCAGCCCAGGCGACCAGGUGAUAGAGUACUCCCCCUCCAAUUCACUACGAUACUCUCCGUGGUCUUAUGUAGGAUCCGGCGCGAAUGAUCCGUUUAAUACGGGACACACCCAAUUGACCGACCGGAUGAUGCGGCAUUUACAUAUCUUUCUGUGGGAUCUGACCCAGGAAGCGCAUCCGUUACAGACCCGCUACAAACCCAAACUGCAGGCCCACUGGGCCGCUCUAUUACAGCGCGAUCCAGCCGUCCUUCAUGCUGCCAUCUGUAUGGCUACCUCGAACGCGGCCAUGCAACGGGGCGAAUUGCCCUUGCGCGACCCCGAGCAGCAGCGCAGUGCGUUAGUGGUGGACACUUUUCAUCACCGGGGUGAGACGAUUCGACUGGUGAACGAGGGUCUGUCGGACCCGGCGAAAUGUGCUAGUGAUGAAUUGAUUGCGUCGGUGUCCAUGUUGUUGACGAUCGAGAUCGCCUCAGGCAACGUCGACUAUCUGAAGAUUCACUUGGCGGGCCUACGUCAGAUGGUUGGAAUGCGAAAGGAUUUUGCCGAAGUCCCAGCCGAUAUCCGAUUUCAGAUCAAUUGGACCGAUGUUCGAGUUGCCUGCAUGGCCAUGACUAAACCCAUCUUUCCCUUUGUGCGCUGCACCCGUCCUGCAAACCUGUCACUUGUUCCACCCAACGACGACAUCGCCCUCUGCGCAACGCGUCUUCUGCCCCUCUUAAACAUCACAGGCAUCUUCAGCGAAGCGUUUUCCAAAACCAUCUACGAUCUUCUCGAGCUGUGUUGGUACGCCGAAUGGGUCAAAGGGGGCGGUACUCCCAAAGAGUUUGAUGACGAGACCGAAAACUACUUCAACGUCGAAGUGCUCUCUAUCGAGUAUUCCCUCCAUGCAGACCGAUAUACCCCGACCGGUCAGAUCAAGGGCGACAACUCCAUCGAGGGCUGUACUCGCCUCGCCUGUCUCUGCUUCCACACCAUGUACAUGUGGGGUUUUUAUCCUCUCCUCGCACCUCUCAUGCCCAAACCUAUCCUUGCCCUGCGCGCUGCCCUGGAAGCAACAAUACCCACCGGGCUCUUCGCGUUAUGCCGCGACUUGCUGAUUUGGCUACUUUUCAUCGGUGCAGCCAGCAGUCAGGUCAUGCCUCACGAACGGACCUACUUUGUGUCGGAACUAGCCAAAGCUGCCAAAUUGUACGAGAUCCGCACCUGGCAAGAGUGUCGCACUGUCCUCCUCGGGUUCUUUUAUGUGGACCGCGUCCUGCUUGUGAUUUUGAGACAAGUAUGGCAUGACGUUGAAAGGAUCAUGGAGCCGGUAUUCGAGGGGCCUUGCUAA